AUGCGGACCCAUUCUUGGGGCUUACUGUCGCCGUCUGGGAUGCCAGCCAAGCAGGGGAUAUCGCUGUGGCACAAGCGUUCAUCGUUGCCGCUUCGCAUAUUAGCGCAGCGCGAGCUCUUCAUGAACACGCUGAAGGAGCUGUGCAGCAGCCCCCGGAGCGAGGAGCGGGAUGGCACGACCGUGUGCGUGCCGCCGGUGCAGUUGGCUGUGUGUACGCGCCGGUGGGCGACUCCACAGCGCCCGAGCAGGCGUUGUGCAUUGAGCGCCUCUCCUCGCGGGUGCCGCUCUGUUUGUGACGUUGCCGCCGGUCUCGGCACUGGAGUGGAGGGGCUUCGUGAGAUGCGGGUGUGCCGGAGACAGGGCAACCUGCUCGACAACCCGCUGCUUCUUGUGCUGCUGCCUGGAGUGUCUGUAGACUGCCUGAUGAUUCUCACAUGUAUCUCCGUACAGGUCGAGUAUGCGAGCCGUCCGUGCAUGGACGCGUGCUACUUCGAAUGCAGCAGUGAUCGACGAUGGCGACCCACUGCGGUUUGGUCGCUGAGGGUGCCUGCUGCUGCUGCCCCGAGGGGGCAGAGGUGCCACGGACAGGCACGCGCAGGACUCGAUGCCACCACGGCGUCAGCCAGUCCCUACCUCUGCUUUUCUCCAGCGCAUGACGGGUGA